AUGGUGUACUUGUGGCAGGUUGAUGCUCACGUAAAGGAACUCAAAACACUGUGCAAACGGAAGGCUUUGCAUUCCAAGGAAGCUGAUUCUCUUGUAAUGAAAUGGGCUCACCAGCUGCUUUCUAAAGAUUCCUACCUGUUAAAAAUCACUGAUGCAAAUAAAGACAUUCCUUUCCUUACUCCACAGACUGGUGCAAUUGGAAAGGAACUAGACUGCUGCAUCUGCAUUCACAUUAGAAUCAUGGGCCAUUACUGCUUUGAUGACUCAGAGAAAAUUAGGCAACUUGCUGAUUUCCUCUUUGGGAAUAUAUUAAAAGCCAAGGCACCACUUUUAGCUUAUAAUAGCUUUGUGGUAGCCAUAUUUGUUUUAAUUGACUGCAAUGUUCAUACUGGACAGGUAGUGAUGAGAAUUCAAGGUCUAGAAGGUUGCACAUUUAUACCUUGGCUUAAACAAAUGGCCCCAGAGCACCUUCUGGCUACCUUUACAAAAGUAUGUGCCGAGAUUCUUGCAGCCGCAUCUGAUGUUAUGCUCUCUCUGGAGGAUGUUACUGGGCAAUCAGUCCUUCAGGAUGCAUUCAUCAUUCUUUCCAGCAAAGAGAUCAAAAUUCAAUCCAACCGGGUAUCUUCAUCAGAGGCAGCAGAUGUAGAAGAAGAGGGUGGAGACAAUGGAGGAGCACUUGCUAAAGGAAGAGCCAUAACCCAGGCUGACUACAAGAAUGAGAUUGACGAUCUACUAGUUGCUGAUCAGCAGCUUCAGAAAGAACUCGUGUAA